AAUAUACGAGCAAAAUCACAGAACCAGGAUUAAACCAAGCUUUUUCUAGUACUAAAAUCUGCUUGAAACCAGGUUAUAAUAACGAUCUAAUUGGAAGUAAAUAUAUACAUUAAUAUAAUGCUGUUAUUCAUGCAAAUCUGGGUCUGUAUUGAUACUGUGCAGCUGACGUCAUGUCAUCAACAUUCCAGGUGAUGCUGCUAGUGCCUCUGCUCUGUUUGAGGCUCUUUUAGAUUUUAUCUGAGCUUUCAUUCAAUACAUACGUGUAGAACACCUCCACCAAUGGGGUGUCGGAUCUGGAGAAGAGUCCAGCUAGAGAUGAUCCAGUUCUUCUUGAUGGUGAAUCGUCAAGGUCAGACACGGCUGUCUCGAUAUUACACUGAUGUAGAGCUAAAUCUACGACAAAAUCUAGAGACUGAGGUGGUCCAACGCUGUCUGUCCAGAAGCAAAGAACAGUGCUCUUUUGUGGAGUAUCAGGAUUAUAAGCUUGUUUAUCGACAGUAUGCAGCCUUGUACAUUGUGGUGGGAGUCACAGAUGAUGAGAAUGAGCUGUCAAUUUUUGAGAUGAUUCAUAAUUUUGUAGAAGUUCUUGAUAAAUACUUCAGUCGUGUGAGCGAACUGGAUAUCAUGUUUAACUUGGAUCGUGUUCACAUCAUUUUGGAUGAAAUGAUUCAAAAUGGACAUAUUGUGGAGACCAACAAAAGCAGGAUCCUGGCUCCGAUCACCGCCAUCGACAAAAUUUGUGAUGGGUAGAAAUCCUCAAAUAGAGAACUGGACCAGGACUAAACCAGGUCUGAACUGGCGCUUAAACUGCUCCCAUCACCUACACUGGACCCUGGACUAAAGCCACUGGUUUUAAAUGACUGAACUGAAUGAAUCCAGAGACACUGAAGGAUGGUUCAAAUGCAGAGGACAUAUUUCUGUUUUGGAACAGUAAACAUUUUAUUAUAAAUAAAAUAUUUGAAAUGUC